CGUCCCUAUCCUUAGAUGGCAUAGUGGGGAAGAUAUCUAUCUAGAUGGAGUUUGGGCGGGUCCGCCAGACCGCCCAAGAUGCCUAGACCACCCCCUCAUUUUGGUAAAAUACCUUCAAAAUAUCAUCUUUGUGUUUUGUUUUUCUUGAUUGAAAGGGCUUUUAGAAUGCAGAUGUUUGUUUUUGGGAGAACCAGUUAACUUGUGAUCACCCAGUUCCAUAGGAGCAAGUAAGUUAUGCCUAGCAAUUAAUGUCGUUGUACAAAAUUGUUCAAGAGUGGGAUGAUUCAGGUGGACUAGAGGCCUUUCAGAAUGCAAAGUUCCGUUACUGGGCAAAGAUCAACAACCGCCAAUGUGACAUUCCUCUGCCAGAUCCAGUUCUGUACAUAGAUGAGGUUGACUAUAAUGCAGUUAUUGAUCCAGAAGUAGUAGUUGAUCUGUUUGAUGAGGCACAACAACCUGCCCCAAACAAUCAUUCACCCAAAACAUCAAGACCUCAGGGAGACAGUAACAAUGAAGCUGGUAGACCGUGUGGUAGGAAUAAAGAUGGAGUUGGCUGCUUUGGCUCGAGAAAGAGAAGCUCAAGGUUCAAGACCAAUUUCUACCCAACAAAUAGCAGCUGGAGAAAUUUCAGAGGGAAUCAAAAUAGAAUAGAUCAUAGUGAGCAAACAGUGUAUGCUGGAAGACCAACAAGUCAGCAGUGGAAACCUACCAAAUAUAUCGAAUAUGGAAAUAAUCAAGCAUCUAAUGAUUGUGGUGCUUUGAUUAAUUAACUUAAUUUUACAAUAAAAUAUCUUGAGCACAGAAUGCAUGUUGGCAGGGCCUUGUAAUGAAUUUUUUUUUUCCAAGUGUAUAUAAAUUCGUAUAGGCAUACAAUGAGAAUACUGUGAUUUUGAGUGGUUGCUUCCUGUGAAAUGUAUACAUAUUAUUAGAGUAACUGAUUAAUGAAAGUGGUCAAUUGUGGUC